ACGGGGGAGUGUGCGCGUGGUCUCCAGUCAUAUUGCAGAUAUCCACGAGGACACACGCACCGAUCGUUGUUGGACGUAAACAAAACAUUAAAUAGAGUGAACUUAAAUUGGUCGGAAAAUAAUAAAUUCCUUCUUGUGCUAUUUGUUAUUUUAAAUAAUCUCUAUCUCUUGGUAAAGUCCAAAAUGCCCGCUGAAACGGAAGGUCUCACUAAAGUUGUGUUGCACGAUGUCACGCCUGAAGUAUCGCAGCACAUGUUGUCGGAUGUUUCACAACUGCCAGGCGUACAAUUGGGUGAUUUUCUCCUCCAGUUCGAGUUGGACGAACCUAAAGAAUCGGUUCGAGAAAUUGCGAGGAACGAAUUACGUGAAACCCCUGAAAUUAUCAAGCCCGCUGUUGAAGAAUUACGGAGACUGUUGGAAGAGGAUAAGGAACUUUACGUACCCUGCGACAGAGAUGCAUGGCUCAUCAGAUUUCUCAGACCCUGCAAAUUUUAUCCUGAAAGCGCUUACGACUUGAUCAAACGCUACUAUAACUUCAAAGUGAAGCAUCACAAACAUUACGAAGGUCUGACGCCAAGUAAGGAACAGAACGUCUUCAACCAGAAUGUACUCAAGGUUCUCCCUACGAGAGACCAGCUCGGACGACGCGUACUCGUCUUGGAAUUAGGCAAUUCUAAUCAUACAGCAAUCAGGAAAUUAUUAAGUCUCAUUUUGAAAGGAAUGUGGGAAUUUAUCAUAUCUAUCGCUGUCAUGCAGAUUAUAAAAUUAUUAGAAAAAUGGAAUCACAACCAAUGUAACUUAGAUGAGGUAUUCAAAGGCUGCGUGCUUUUCUUGGAAGCUGCUAUGUUGGAGCCGGAAACUCAGAUAUGCGGCGCUGUCGUCAUAUUCGAUAUGGACGGCCUUUGUCUUCAGCAAGCGUGGCAGUUCACACCGCAGUUCGCUAAGAGGAUCGUUGAUUGGCUGCAGGAAUGUAUACCUCUCCGUAUCAAGGGUCUGUACAUAAUAAAUCAGCCAUAUAUCUUCAACAUGGUGUUCCAACUGUUCAAGCCACUUCUCAAAGAGAAGCUACGAUCAAGGAUAGUAUUCAUGGGAAGUGAUAGAGAGCUUCUGUACAAAUACAUUAGUCCUAAGAACCUGCCAGACAAGUAUGGAGGAAGCCUUUCUAUACCAGACGUGAGCGGCUCACAGUGGCUUGAAUUAUUGAUGCACUGUGAUAAGGAAUUCCAUGCUAUCAACUCGUACGGCUACAAGAAGAAUUAACAGCAAGUAG